AAAGUGAUUUUACUUUAACUUUAAAGUUAAAGUUAAAGUGCUUUACUUUGCUUUAAAAUUUUAAAGUUAAAGUUUUACUUUAAACUUUAAGCUUUAAAGUAAAGUUAAAGUCCCACCCCUAACUGAAACUGGCGACAAUAUCUUAACAAUACAACAAUCGUGGAUUGAAAAGAUACAACAAAAAAUUAACAAUCCUUCUAUUUUAACCAAACGUACAGAACCAACAACUGAUUCAUCUUUUAUCUUACCACAAAUUCAACGAACACGUUCAUAUACCAAUGUUGUCGAAGAUAUUGCUGAUUUAAUCAAUCAUAGUACGACAAGUGAAUCCAUUGAUAUCAUUCAAGAUGUUAAUAUUCCAUCAGUAUUCGAAGAUACUUCUGAAUCUUUCAUCGAAAAUAAUCCAACCACAUUCAAUAACACUAUGCGUCUUACAAGUGUAAUUGAGAAUUGUUUAUCGAAUAUUGUUGAACAAGUAAUUCAGUCAGCCGAUGCAAAUAAUAAACAAUUAGCUGAUUCAAUUCGAUGUGAAACCGAUCCAGUUUCUUCAUCUAUCAUUUCGAGAACGUGUGUGGCAUUGUCGGAUGCACUUAUUCCGGACGAUAUGAAGGCAUUAUGCAAAAAAAUCUUAUUAUGCGACUCGAUUGUUUUAUCCAGUACCAAACUAAAUAAAGUAUGCAAAACAAAUAUGGUUGACGUUCAUAAAGCAUGCCAAUUACUCAUUGAUAAUAAAUUAUUAACCAAAGAAGACAAAAUGUUAGCGAACAAAUCUUCUUAUCAUGAAUGUUAUUUGAAAACAAUUCCACAAAAUAAAUCAGCAUUGGUCGAAUUUUCCAUUACAUUGGCUAAGUUUGGAAUCUACGAUAUACACACAUAUUAUGAUACAUUGAAAACGAUUGAUACGAAAAACACCACCUAUUUGUCACCAUAUGGAGUAUCAAUCUUGGAACAAAAACCAUACAAUGAUUUCCAAAUAAUUCUGAAUAAAGAUGCCAUUGUACAACCAUUAAAAGAACGACAUCGUAAACUAACAGAUGCGUCCGGUGUUACUCAAAAUGGUGAUAAAGAGAAUCUGACAUGUGAAGUAAUUAAUAGUUCAACAGAUGUUGAGCAUAAUCUUGAUCAUGAAAUUUCCAAUACAAAGCGACGUCGUGAAUUAACCGGAAAAGCAAAAGCAUAUAUUCAAGAGCAAUCCAAAUCAAAAAAGAAAAAGAAUAACGUUUAA